CUGCCAAUAUAUAUUUACUUCCAUGGCUCACUCUUUCCUUUCUUUUGCCAUUCUCUGCAUAUUCCUCCUUGUUCCACUCUCAGAAUCAGGUGGUCUUACAGGAGAGAAAGUUGAACAGGUGAAGUGUACAGACCCUGGAAAGGCAGAGCCACCUGCCCCAACUCCUAGCCUGAAAUCAUGGUGCAUUCCAAAGCCAUCAGCAACUUACCAGCAACUGGUAGACAACAUGAGCUAUGCAUGUAACCUGGUGAACUGCUCUGCUGUCCAAUCUGGUGGCCCUUGCUAUUAUCCCAACAGUCUCAUCAACCAUGCUUCGUUUGCCAUGAACCUUUACUACCAGAAAGCGGGGAGAAACGAUUGGAACUGUGACUUCAAGAACUCUGGCGUUAUCGGUGUAUCUGAUCCCAGCUAUGGUUAUGGUUUCCAGUUUUGUUCAGUAUUUCUUGCUUUUAUUUGUGAGAGUGAAUCUUAG